CUCUAUCCUCCUGGCUCUCCUUCCCCAUUCCAUCUAUCCCCCUACAAGUGUCUUCCGACGAUGCCGUUGCUUUCGUCUGAUUCCCGGGUUCCAAAUGUCUAAUCUAAUGUUAUCUCCCCUGGCUCCAAGAUGAUUCGCUUCUCCUCCGACUUUCGCUUCAGGCUCUCCCUGGGGGUGUUUAUUCUGAGCUGCAUUCUCCUCACAACGUCUUAUCGUACAACCUUUGUAUUCGAUCACCCCAUCAACUCAGCAGUAUUGGCCUGUGUUCUUGCGGCCUCAGUUCUUUUGUUCCUGGGCAUCCCCGGCGCCCAUAAUUCUCACUCAUCCAAACUCUCCCAUGCUUUCGUCGCGGAGUAUCUCGAGACGCUGGACGUCAGGUUACCUGCAAUCGGCUGCGCUAGGGGGAUCCGCAUUGUUAGGAUACAAGAAUGGAUCAAGGUCGCGUUGGUCGCGUGCAUUGUUCUCUGUGUUCGGAUUGAGCUGUACCGCCAGAUUACUGUUUACAAUGAAUGUGCACCGACUGGAUAUGCGUAUGCGAUCCCAUUCCUUAUCUCGCUCUACGACUACUUCCGCGACCAACGAUCCCGUCAGGUUGAGGACUAUACGCUACCGAGUGAACAACUAGCGAAUGCGCACCUUCGCAUCCUCGUUACUUCCUACAGGCGCUUCCGUCACUAUGUUCUUAGAAGCCGUCAAAGAUAUUUGAUUUCUGCUGCCCUGAUCUCUCUUGGCGGUUUGCUAGCGUCUGCCUUUCAUACAGGGCAAUCUUCGACCUACAUCUGUCCAUUGGUCUCGGGGGAAAUGUUGCGCAUAUGGCUCUUCAAGAAUACUAGCGCGCUUCUUGACGCUGUCCUCUUGAUCGGAGUUGCGGAGGUAUCUCGGGAAUGGACAAAUAGCCCUGAAGAGAAAAGAGGGCCAGUGAUUCGGCUGUGCGGUUACCUGUUACUUGGGGUUGCCGCCUUCUGGACGGUUGUCGGUGUCAUUAUAACUCUCCGUCAUGGGCGUGGAGGUAUCACUUUAUCCGUCGAUGACCGCUAUGUACAAAGUGCCAUUGGACAAGGCUUGCUAGUGACGUCUUUGCUCGCAGCAAGCCUUCAGCUGAUCCCGCAUUUCGGCAUUCUUGGCCUCUGUAUGUUGGCUGGUUUUAUCACCAUCUAUACUUCGUCCACUACAACCUUGAUGGAAGUACAGCAUCCUUUCCCAUUGAUUUAUUCUUCCAAUGCAAUAACCGCAUAUCUUGCCAUCUGUGCGGGAAUGGUCACAUUCUUGUACGUUCGGGCAGCUACUGAGGAAGAUGUGAAAUCCUUGCCCAAGAUGAACGUCAUGAUUCGGCUAUCAUUCGUAUUGCUCCUUGGGCUUGGGUUGAUCUUCGCCGGCCUACAGCCAGAGGUGGCCAAUGUGCAUCCGAUCGAUCUUCUCAUUUUCAAGAGUAGAAUUCGUCAUAAUGAUUUUAUCAGCCAAGCCAGGGUCAGCAAUAGUCUUAAAGAGGCCGUUGAGGAGUACCGAAGACGAUAUAACCAGCACCCGCCACCAAAAUUUGAUCAAUGGUAUUACUAUGCAAUCAGCCGUGGCUCUAUGGUUGUCGACGACUUUGAUCAGAUCUACACGGACCUCCUCCCGUUCCGGGCCUUACCACCCCAGCGACUAAGGGAACUGACACAUCUCCUGGCCACGAACCCAGUCAAUGAUAUUGGCGCGAUCAGUAUUCGUGGCGGUAAGCCAAGGGUCCAAGAUGGGAUCAAGCCUACCCAUGCUUGGAUGGUGUUAGCUGCUGCAGAAAUGAUAGAGAAGUUCUCCGAACAUCUUCCCGACAUGGAUAUUGCCUUCAAUCUGGACGAUCAGCCGCGUGUCGCGGUGCCAUGGGGGGAUAUUUCAGCCAUGCGAGAUAUGGCGAGCUUUCAAAUGCCUCCUGAGCAUGCGCUGAAUGGGUGGUCACUGGACCGAGGACUGGGCUGGGCACCCAUAGAGCCAGCUUAUCAGACUAACGAGACCGUGUUCACGGAUGCCUCCUGGCGAGGCAUUUUUGACGAAUACGUGAGUCGUUUGUGCCCGCCCUCUUCCGAAGCCCGUUCUCGUCGUGUCUGGGACCGACGAGAGGUAUGCCUGAGUUGUAUUCGCCCCCAUUCGUUGGGCCAGUUUCCAACAGACUGGAACCUGGUAACAGAUAUCUGCCAUCAGCCUGAUCUUGGGGCGCUACAUGGGUUCCUAAUUGCCCCUACGGCAUUCGGAGUUAGCAGGGAAUUGGUGCCAGUGUUUAGUCAAAGCUCAGUUUCUGGCUUCAAUGACAUUUUGUACCCAAGCCCGUGGAAUUAUAUUGACAAGGCGAAAUACGAGCCUUCAGAGAAGUUUCCCGAUUUAGAGUACGAGCAAAAGCACAGUUCCAUGUUCUGGAUCGGCAGCACAUCAGAAGGCAUGAGUAACAACGGAGGGUGGAAAGGAAUGGGCCGUCAACGGUUCGUGCACCUUGUCAAUAAUAAUACUCGGAGCAAAGUUUCCGUCUUGCUGCCGACUCGCCAGUCUCGAGCGUAUUCCUAUCAAAUUCUUGACGGUUCGGCCCCGUCGAAGGAUUUAGGACUCCAGACUGAGGUCAGUCUGGCAGGCCCUAUUUCACACUGCGGCGACUGCGAUGAUCAAGAACGGGAGCUUGGUGCAGCGCCUACGGUUGACUUCCAAUCGAACUGGGCAUAUCGGUACUUGUUCGAUCUCGACGGCGCGGGAUUUAGUGGACGGUUUCUUCCCUUCCUGCAAAGCCGCAGUCUUCCGUUUAAAACAGGAUUGUUCCGUCAAUGGUUCGACUCCCGGAUUACGCCAUGGCUACAUUAUGUCCCUGUCGACUUGCGUCUGCAUGGCAUGUGGAGCACCCUGGCUUACUUCGCUGGCGUUGACGGAGAACUUCCCGAAGAAGGACUCCUUGGCUGGCGAAGAACGAGAAGAAAGGUCAGGAUGGAACCUCACGAUAAACAGGGGAAAUUGAUAGCGGAAGAGGGGCGUAAUUGGGCGGCAGCAGCUCUGAGGAAGGAGGAUAUGGAGAUCUACUUCUUCCGACUAUUGCUGGAAUGGGGAAGGUUGACAGACGACCAUAGAGAUAUCCUCGGGUUUGAAAUGGAAAGCGAAGACUAG